AUGAAAAGAUUAUUAUCUCAACAACAUUCAGAAAAAAUCAAUACUGUUGAUACAACAGCAAAGUUGUUUACCAAUAAUGUUAGUCCACCAGCCAAGAAACGUGCAGCUAAACGAUUACUUAAUAAAAAAAAGAAUCGACCUCGUGGUUCUAUUUCAAAAUUGAAAAAAAGAUUAGGUGUAAAUUUAUCUAAGAAUUAUAAUCCACCAUCCAGGACACCAUCAACACUCCUGGAAGAUAUAGAAGAAUUUUUAUAUCAAGAUGAUGUUACUAAACAAGCACCUGAUAAAAACAAACCAUUACAUGGAAAACAGAUUCGAUACAUGUUAAAUCAUUUAUCGACUAUUCGAGAAACUUUCAACUCGUCAGGUGACGACUUGAACAAACAGCAAAAAUCAGACCUUUCGUAA